GAUAUGUAGCUAUCUUUCAAACUCUACCAUCUUUACUCUUAUUUUAGUUUAGUGACUGAAGAAAGGAGUAUUAUUUUCAAAAUCAUGUAUAUUCUUUAUACGUUAACACUUUGUUUGAUCUUAAUUGGUCAAUCAUAUGCAGAGGAUUAUGAUUAUUAUGAAGGUUAUUUUGAUCAGAAAAUAGAUCAUUUCAAUUUUUUGUCCCAUGGAAAUCAAACGUAUAAGCAGCGUUAUCUUUUUAAUGCAACUUGGUGGGAUGUCGGUAGAGGUCCCAUUUUCUUCUAUGCUGGAAAUGAAGGAGACGUUGUUGGAUUCUGGAAAAAUACUGGAUUUAUAUUCAAAGCUGCCAAACAAUUCAACGCUUUAGUGCUGUUCGCAGAACACAGAUACUAUGGAAAAUCUUUACCAUUCGGAAAUGACAGUUUCAAAGGGGAGAAUAUUGGUCUCUUGAGUGUUAACCAAGCUGUAUCUGACUACGCUUUCAUUCUCAAGCGGUUCAAAGAGACGCACAAGGCAGACAAAUGUCCCAUCAUCGCUUUUGGAGGAAGCUAUGGGGGUAUGCUGGCUGCUUACAUGCGCUUCAAAUAUCCUAAUAUUAUACAUGGAGCUAUAGCUGCCAGUGCUCCGCUUUACCAAGUGGCCGGGAAAGUGCCAGGCGAUGUUUUCUUUCAAGCUGUGACCAAAGACUUCCACGAUAUUUCACCUGAUUGUGAAGCACAAGUUCGAUCGGCAUUUUCUCAAGUGGACAAAUGGGCAGCCAUGGGACAAGCGGGUUACGAGGAAAUCGCAAGAACUUUCAGGCUCUGCAAACCUUUGAAUUCUGCCCAAGACUAUCAGCAUCUACUCAGGUGGGCUCGAAAUGCAUUUGUCUCUGCAGCCAUGAUGGAUUAUCCUUACGCAGCAUCAUUCAUGGGGAACUUCCCAGCUUUUCCAGUCAAGGUGAUGUGUAAUCGUCUGCAAUCAGCAUCAAGACCAGCAGAUGGUCUCUGUCAGGCAGUUGCUUUGUACUAUAAUGCAUCAGAAACUGUGGAAUGCUUUGAUAUCUACCAAGAAUAUAUAUAUUGUGCCGAUCCGACUGGAUGUGGUCUCGGUUUUGAUGCUACAGCAUGGGAUUAUCAGGCCUGUACAGAAAUCAAUUUAGAAGGAAGUACAUCAGGUACUGUGGAUAUGUUUCCGGUUUUGCCUUUCACUUCACAAAUGAGAGACGAGUACUGCUAUAAGACUUACAAAGUACUGCCUAGAAGAGACUAUUUAGAUGUGCAAUACUGGGGAGCAGAUAUCUCUUCCUCAUCAAAUAUAGUGUUCAGUAAUGGAAAUUUGGAUCCAUGGGCCCCUGGUGGUAUCUUGAAGAACAUCUCUGAUUCUCUGGUUGCAGUAAUAGUAGAUGGUGGUGCACAUCACCUCGAUCUCAGGGAGGAUAAUCCAAAUGAUCCACCUUCAGUCAGAACUGCUAGGGAUUUCGAAUUGGCAAAUAUUGGCAAAUGGUUGCAAAGCUAUUAUGAGAAUUUAUAUCAAUAGAUUGCUCUGAAGUAGCAGCGAAUCAAUCUCCUUCAAUGAAUUCUAGAACAAAUAUUUGAUGUUUAUCGACAUAUAUUUAAUCCUUUGAACAUUUUAUGGUGUUUGAUGUAUGUUUUUAAUAAAACUUAUUAAUUUUUAACGUAA